CGCGGACGCAGUAGCUUCUCUCUCUCUGUCUGUCUCGAGAACUAGCUACUGCUGUACUUGGAGUGGUGGUGGUGGUGGAGGAGGAGGUGGAGGUGGUGGCGGUGGGAUGCGCCUAGUCGUCCACUCCGGCGGCGGAGGCGGCGGGCUUGGUGGUUGGAUCUGCCGUGGAGCGGCGGCGGGGUCGUGUCGAGCUGGGAGCUGCCGCCCCUCGGGAGCUCGCCGCGGCGGGAUCUGAGGUCGCCUCGCCGUUUCUUGCCCCUCCCGGAGCUGCGAAAGGCGGCGCCUUCGCGCAUUCCGGCGAGCCCUCGGCAAGCUUCGGUGGUGCCCCCGCCGUGACGUGAAGAGGUUUUUUCGAGCUCUUGGGAUCGAAAAGUCUGCGGCUCGCUCGCGCGGGGUGGGAGGUUUGGCCGGUUCGGGGAAGGAAGGAAGGAGAAAGCGAUGGUGGCCGGGUUGCUUGCUCCAUGAAACGAGAGCGCGUUUGGAAGGCCCCGUGAUUUGGUGUAGCGGAAAGGAAAGGAGGAGCCUUUGCUUUCGUUUUUCCGUUCCAUUUCGCGAGCUCCCGAACUUUGCAUUCUGCUAGAUCGGUUGCCGGGUCGGGGAAGGAGGGAAUGAAGCUCUCGCCGUCGGCCGGCGGCAGCCUGCCGGAGCAGCAGCCGGAGUCGCCGCCGGAAGUUGCAGAGGAACAGAAGUGCCUAAACUCUGAGUUGUGGCAUGCGUGCGCCGGCCCUCUUGUUUCACUGCCUGCAGUUGGUAGUCGGGUGGUUUAUUUUCCUCAAGGCCACAGUGAGCAGGUAGCUGCAUCAACAAACAAGGAAAUGGAGUCUCAGAUCCCCAACUAUCCUAACCUGCCUCCACAGCUUAUAUGCCAACUACAUAAUGUGACCAUGCACGCUGAUGCAGAGACUGAUGAAGUCUAUGCGCAAAUGACGCUGCAGCCACUCAGCCCGCAAGAGCUCAAGGAUCCAUUCCUACCUGCCGAGUUAGGCACUGCCAGCAAGCAGCCAACAAAUUAUUUCUGCAAAACGUUAACUGCUAGUGACACAAGUACACACGGUGGAUUUUCUGUUCCCCGUCGAGCAGCAGAGAAAGUAUUUCCUCCACUGGAUUUCACUCAGCAGCCUCCAGCACAGGAGUUGAUAGCGAAAGACCUACAUGGAAAUGAAUGGAAAUUCCGUCAUAUCUUUCGCGGCCAACCGAAGCGGCAUCUUCUGACAACAGGCUGGAGUGUCUUUGUAAGUGCAAAGAGAUUGGUUGCUGGAGACUCUGUCCUUUUUAUCUGGAAUGACAGUAACCAGCUGCUUCUGGGAAUUCGUCGAGCAAAUAGGCCACAAACAGUCAUGCCAUCAUCAGUAUUGUCUAGUGAUAGCAUGCAUAUUGGUCUGCUUGCUGCAGCUGCUCAUGCUGCAUCAACAAAUAGCCGGUUUACUAUUUUCUAUAAUCCAAGAGCAAGUCCUUCGGAGUUUGUUAUACCACUGGCUAAAUACGUAAAAGCUGUCUACCAUACCCGCAUAUCUGUGGGCAUGCGUUUUCGGAUGCUUUUUGAAACAGAAGAAUCCAGUGUUAGGAGAUACAUGGGGACAAUAACAGGAAUAAGUGAUCUUGAUCCUGUUCGUUGGCAGAACUCACACUGGCGUUCAGUCAAGGUUGGAUGGGACGAGUCGACUGCUGGAGAGAGGCAACCAAGGGUGUCUCUUUGGGAGAUUGAGCCUCUGACAACUUUCCCGAUGUAUCCAUCUCCUUUCCCCCUCAGACUAAAGCGUCCAUGGCCAUCAGGCUUACCUUCUUUAUAUGGUGGAAAGGAGGACGACUUGGCUUCUUCUCUUAUGUGGCUUCGUGAUGGUCAAAACUCAGGCUUCCAGUCCCUGAAUUUUGGAGGACUUGGUAUGAGUCCUUGGAUGCAGCCAAGGUUGGAUAGUUCCCUACUUGGUCUGCAACCUGACAUGUACCAAACGAUAGCGGCAGCUGCGGCUUUACAGAACACCACUAAGCAAGUAUCACCAGCAUUACUGCAGUUCCAGCAGCCCCAGAACAUUGUUGGUAGAUCUUCUCUUCUAUCUAGUCAGAUUCUGCAGCAAGCACAGCCUCCAUUUCAGCAGAUGUACCACCAAAACAUCACUGACAACACAAUCCAAGGCCAUAGUCAGCCUGAGUACCUCCAGCAACCCCUUCAACAUUGCCAACCAUUCAAUGAACAGAAGCCUCAAUUGCAGCCACAGCAACAGCAGCAAGAAUCACAUCAGCAGCAGCCUCAAUGUGUGCAGACGCCACAACAUCAGCAAAUGCAACAACAGAAGAACUUAUCAAGCUUUCAGCAUGUACCAAAUGCAUUGUCGGUUUUUUCUCAGCUUUCCUCCACCCCUCAGUCUGCACCCUCCACACUGCAGACAGUUUCAGCAUUCUCACAGCAACAUAAUUUCCCUGAUGCAAAUAUCGGUUGUCUCUCACCAUCCAAUGUCUCAUCCAUGCAUGAUACAUUGAGACCAUUCCAUUCAGAAGCUGCUUCAGACCUCCCAGGUGUGCCAAGAAUCACCCCUGUACCUAUCUCUGACCCAUGGUCAUCUAAGCGAGUUGCAGUGGAAUCUGCGAUCUCUUCUCGGCCACAUGCCAUUUCAUCACAGCUAGAAAACUUUGACUUGACACCUUCUACUAUUCCUCAAAAUUCCACAUUAGCACCACUGCCUGGAAGGGAAUGCCUGGUGGAUCAAGAUGGGGGCUCUGAUCCUCAAAACCACUUCUUGUUUGGUGUAAAUAUAGACUCACAGUCACUUCUGAUGCAAGAUGGCAUUCCAAAUCUUCACAAUGACAACGAUUCAAGCACUAUUCCAUACUCCACAUCCAAUUUCUUAAGUCCUUCUCAAAAUGAUUAUCCCUUGAAUCAAACACUAACUACUCCAGGUUGCUUAGAUGAACCAGAAUAUGGUUCAUGUUCAGAUAAUGCUGAUCAAGUGAAGCGACCACCUGCAACCUUUGUGAAGGUUUAUAAAUCUGGAACUGUUGGGAGAUUGCUCGACAUCACUAGAUUUAGCAGUUAUCAUGAACUUCGUAGUGAGGUAGGGCGCCUUUUUGGCCUUGAGGGCCAAUUGGAAGACCCUUUGAGAUCAGGCUGGCAGCUUGUAUUUGUUGACCGAGAGGAUGAUGUUCUUCUAGUUGGCGAUGAUCCCUGGCAGGAAUUUGUGAACAGUGUGUCCUGCAUAAAGAUACUUUCGCCGCAGGAGGUUCAACAGAUGGGCAAACCGGGCAUUGAGCUCUUCUCGACUUCUGCAAGGAGGCUCGGCAACAGCUGUGACAACUACAUGAACAGGCAGGAAUCAAGAAGCCUAAGUACUGGAAUUGCGUCUGUGGGUUCAGUUGAGUUCUGAAAAUAGGGAGCUCAAACCACUGACGCUAGGCGUCCUGUUCUGUACGUCUCUGUAGCUCUUAGUUUUGUGACCUGGAACCAAAAGCACAUAGGUCAAGUGUAGCUCUAAGUUAUGCGCUGUCUGGUAAUUAUGUCAUAUUACAUUGACUUUUAGUAGUACCUAUUACAUUUUGGUAUACAUGCCGACACUUUGUUUGCUGGAAUACUGAUCCUGUUAACUUAGGGCUUCUACUAAUUAUUAGACUCAUGAUGCAUAGUGCUGUAGUGCCUCAGGCGCUAGCUUUGGCCAUAUUCUGUAUAUUGGUGAUGUUUUGUCUCCUGCAA